CGAAGCCCUUAGUAUCCAAACACUUGUGAAACGCUGCAUGUCUAGCAAAGUUUACUUUCUUAUGGGAAUAUAAUUUUUUUGUUGAGGUGCUGUCUUUCAACCCUAAUCCUUUCACCAAGAAUGAAACUAUUUAAAAAUUAAGAUGUCUACAGAUCACGAGGAGCCCUGUGGUCCCGGUCACAGGUCAUUUUGCCUGAAUGGGGGGAUGUGUUAUGUGAUACCUACUAUUCCCAGCCCAUUCUGUAGGUGCAUUGAGAAUUACACAGGAGCUCGUUGCGAAGAGGUUUUUCUCCCAAGCUCCAGCGUCCAAAGCCAAAGUAACCUGUCGGCAGCUUUCGUGGCCCUGGCAAUCCUCGUCACGCUCCUCAUCGCAGCACUCUGCUUCCUGUGCAGGAAGGGCCACCUUCAGAGAGCCAGUUCAGUCCAGUGUGAGAUCAGCCUGGCAGAGACCAGCAAUACCAGUACCCACCACAGUCACAGAGAACACUGAAGACACACCCAGCGCAGAGCAUUAUUGCGAUCAGCUUACACAGGCAGAAAGUGAACCAUACGAGGAGAGAAGAACCGAGCACCACCAGCGAUGUCCCAGGAUCCACAGCUCAGGGAUGUCCCCACCCACAGGGGCUGGGCCCUCUCCUGUCAAUAACUGAUUAAGAAAAUGCCCUGCAGGCCUGCUGACAGCCAAAUUUUACCGAGCGUAUGUGUGGAGGCCGAAGGACAACUUUCACCAGUUCUCCUCUUCUGUCGUGUGGGGAGUGAACGUCAGCACCUCCACCAGGAGCAUCAUAAGGAGGACCAGAGCUAUAAACCUAUCAAUGGUAAUGCUGAAGGAACCCAACUCUGAUGUUCUUAAAGGACAAUAAAUACAAGUUUAGUUCUUUGACUGCAAGCAAAAUUGUGUUUAGUGAGCAUCUUGGCAACAGCAAAAUGGAAUGAAUUGCCACAUGACUUCCAUCGUGAUAGAAGGCUCACUCGUCCUGAAUAGAGCAGGCAAGAUGGGAAGGAAAAGGAGCCCUGCAGACCACAAUGCUGCGAGAUUCUGGCAACCGAGAAUCAAGAAUCCAGCACGUUAACACCUAACUCCGUGCAUGCAGUGACCUAGUCUUAUCAAGUGUAUCCUGUCCUGCAUCCCAGGAACCAUCCAGUGAGUCCAGUUAACCUUCUCACAGAGCUUCUGUAAAGAUGAUGACGUAGGUCUUUCCUGAGCAGCCCACGUCCACUUUGCCUGGUCUCUCAAUCCCCAUGCUGAAAUCGAUAUUAAAAAUCUCCUUUUAAUAAACUCCUACUCUGCUU